AUGGAAGAUGAGUCGUCGGUGCGAAUUCUGGCUGGCCGGGUGCGAAUCCGGGUGCUGUGCCGACACCGCAGGCCUCAGGCCUCAAGUCUCCGGCCGCGCGCAGCCUGCGCACGACCUCUCCCGCAUGAGUCAUCUGCGUCGCCCACACUGACGCGUACGCGCGCCGUGCUUAUCUUCGGGGCGGCACUCGUGUUCUUCGAGUUCGUGUUCUUGUCGCCGUUUUUGAAGCCGAAUUCGUGCCGAGGAGAGUGUGAUAGAACGCGGGAGCGGCGCAGCGUGCGCGUGCUGCGGUUCUGGCACUCCGCAGCUCGUAUUAAUGCCGUUGGUGGCGCGUGCGCAUCUGCGGGACGUCCGCUCGACGAGUCGCGACUGCACGCUACGCGGUACGCCCUUGCUGUUUUAUUCUCCGAAUCUGAAUUCGUGCCGCGAGCUACCGGGUGUCGAUGGGUACGUCGCCCGUCCGCGCCGCCCUUCGAUAAUGCUCGCCCCAAUAAGUAUCAUACUGGUAUGGUCGUCUAUGGGCCUGCCAGCUGA